GAGAGACUUCAAUGAAGCCUGAGUCAAACCUCAGUUGUCAUACGGCGACAAUGGCUGCUCUAAAAACUCGCCUUGGCUUCGCAAACACCACCCCAUUCUCUCUAUUCUGCAUCUUCGGUGGUCUGCUAUUUCUCUUCUCGACCCUUCAACUUCCAUACAUCAACAUCGAUGGUGUAUUCUGCGCAAAGGGAAAUCCCUGGUCAGUGCCUGGAGAAUGUUACGUGUUUCAGAAACCAGGCCUUAUGCGGUCUGGCAUGCUGUUACACCUGGUGACGUUCUUACCCGCGGGUGCUCUUGUGUGUUUCCAGUUCAUACCGGCUCUUCGAAGACCCGAAUACAUCAAGUUCCACCGCUUGAACGGAUACAUCGUUUUGGUCCUCUCGGCAGUGGGAACGGUGGCGGCGUUGAUUAUUGAGAGUGAAGCUAUGGGCGGCAUACUCUCAAACAGAAUAGGAACAUGGACUCUUUCGACGUUAGUUACUACUGCGAUGGUGAAGGGUUAUGUUAGUAUCAAGAAGAAAGAGAUUGAGAAGCAUCGCGCUUGGAUGCUCAGGGCCUGGUUUUGGGCAACAUCAAUCAUCACCAUGAGAGUCAUACUCGUAUCCCUAGCUCACAUUAUAGGCCACCCUUCUCGAUCGAUCACCAUGAGCAUGCCAUGCGCAGUCAUCGAGUACUUACACGAAAGUUUCCCUGGAACGAGCCAGAACCCAUAUCCAAGUUGCGCCGCAUACGCCUCAGGCGAGAUUCCGUUGCAAGAAGCACUUGUGACGACGAAUUGGGAUUUGAAUGAUUUGCCUGGUAUCACGGCUGCUUUAAGAGUGGGGUAUGCUGUUGGAGGUUGGUUAGGUUUUCUUAUCAAUGCUACUGGGAUAGAAAUCUAUAUACGGAAGACUGCACCUGCUCGAAAACUGAAAGUUUAAUGGAACGUUAGAGAUAUUGGUCUUUACAGUAACUAGAAAAAAAUGUAUGUAUGACUUUAAAGUAUCAAAAUAUAACUCGAAAGUAAGGUUCGGAAA